AUGCAAGCCCUAAAGAAGAUUAUAUUUGUUCAGACCACUAAUCUCGCAGGUCUUGCCGUAGCGAAGGCCCCACAUGCUUCCUUGAAAGCGGCCUACAAACGCAUUUUGGAUAUUGUGAAAAUGAUGCCUGAAACAGCUGCUUACCGAGUUCACACCGAAAAGGUCGUUAGCGAACGUUUGGCCUUAGUGGAAAAGACGCCGAAUGUUUCUGAUUUGGAAAAGAAAAUCGAUUGUGGCCAAAUUGAAGAAGUAAUAGUUCAGGCCAGAAACGAAUACGAACUUGCAAAAAAUAUGCUGAAAUGGAAACCAUGGGAACCACUUGUUCAGGAAGCCCCGCCAAAUCAGUGGAAAUGGCCUAUGUAA